AUGGUUACGGGGAUGGGUGCUGGGCUGCCGUGUCGGCCCAAGCAGGGCAGGACCAAACCCCACCCAUGCACCACCCUCUUUCCAUCGCCAAUCACCCCACGGGCAGCCUUGCCACCGACCUCAGCCAGUGAAUCUGCCUUUCUAACACCACCCUCACCAAACCCGGGCUGGAAUCCUAACCGAACACCGCCCAUUCCCUCUACCCCACGAUAUCCACUGUUAUCUUUCAAAACUAAUGUCUCAACCGCGUUUUUCUUCUCUUUCUCCUUCUUUGUUUCUUUUCUUUCAUCUUUCUCUACGCUCUCUAACUCACUCUCCCACUCUCUCUAUCUUUCUCUCUGUUUAUAUAGUUAUGUACAGAUGCGUUUCAUCCUCCAAACUCUCACACAUUUUAUUCUCUUUCUUUUAAAUGUAUUAACAUCUAUCUAUCUAUCUAUCUAUCUAUCUAUCUAUCUAUCUAUACGUUUCUUUCAUUAUCUAUCUAUCUAUCUACUCCAGUCUUUUUCUUUCUAUCUAUCUAUCUACCUAUCUAUCUAUCUUAAUGUUCAUAUCUCUCUCUCUCUCUCUCUCUCUCUCUCUCUCUCAAUGUACACAUCUCUCUAUCUUAAUCUUCAGAUCUAUCUAUUCAUCUAUCUAUCUAUCUUAUUCAUUAUCUAUCUAUCUAUCUAUCUAUCUAUCUAUCUAUCUAUCUAUCUACUCCAGUCUUUUUAUAUCUAUCUAUCUAUCUAUCUAUCUAUCUAUCUAUCUAUCUAUCUAUCUAUCAUUUACCACUGUUCAGUAUCUGUGUCUCUCUCUCUCUCUCUCUAUCUAUCUAUCUAUCUAUCUAUCUAUCUAUCUUUUACCGCUGUUCAUUAUCGAUAUAUCUAUCUAUUAUUCACCACUAGAACAUAUGCUUUCCUCGAACUCAAACUGAUGAUGCCAAAGCUUUCUCCGACGAAACCUACCUAUCUAUCUAUCUAUCUAUCUAUCUAUCUAUCUAUCUCAGGGUAUUCUUUACCUAUCUAUCUAUCUAUCUAUCUAUCUAUCUAUCUAUCUAUCUAUCUAUCUAUCUAUUCAUAA